CCAGCGUGGGCUCGCAGAAUCCGUCAGUCGGUCAUCUACGCGUCACUAGUUCACAGCCAUCACAGGUGUGGUGAAUCGAUUGGGAGACACGCUGAUAAAUAUAUGGACUGAGAACAAAGUUUGCUGUGUUGUGAAGAUUUUGUCUAAAUAAUUGAGACAGGGAAAGAAUAAAUCAUGUCAGCGGACAAAGUUUUCCAUCCACGUUCAGAGGGAAUCCCCUCCGAGGGAGUGAAGGAUCAGUAUGCGGACGGCAAGGCUGCCAGAGCCUGGAACAAGUUCAUAGGGGACAGCAACCAAAGAACCCAGAACUAUAAGGACUUCUUGGUUGGUCUGCUGAAGAAGAAUGGAUGCAAGAGAGUCCUCGAUAUUGCGUGUGGAACUGGUAUAGACUCUAUGAUGCUGGUAGAAGAAGGCUUCAGUAUGGUGUCGGUGGACGCGUCAGACAAGAUGCUGAAACACGCGCUCAAAGCGCGCUGGGAGCGGCGGAAGGACUCGAAAUAUGACGAGUGGAUAAUCGAAGAAGCUACCUGGGAGACGUUGCCCCAGGAUAUCAAAAAUUUCCUACCGGGCGUCACGUUUGACGCAGUCAUCUGCUUGGGCAACUCAUUCGCCCAUCUCCUCGACGAGUACGAAGACCAGCGAACACAGCGGAUGUGCCUCAAAAACUUCGCACAAUGCCUCAAGCCUGGGGGAUUGCUUUUCAUAGACCAUAGGAAUUAUGACGCCAUGAUUAACAGUGGAGCUACGCCUGGACAUUCUAUUUAUUAUAAUUGUAAAUAUCCAGUGGACAUCAAAACGUCGGUGUUGGUGGUCCGCGGGAAACCUGAACUGGUGACUCUCGACUACUGCUUGGAUGGCGCUUUCGGAGAUGGCGAGAAGAGUGACUUCCGUCUCUGCUACUACCCUCACAAACUGGAGAAGUUCACGGCGAUGCUGCACGAAGCGUUCGACCACCGCGGGAAACACCAGCUGUUUGCGGACUUCAAGCCCAUCGACCAGGUGCCCGUGCCCGGCUUUUACAUCCAUGUCAUGGAGAAAGGGAAAGACUGAAUACCAAAAUAAAUUAUUUUGUUUUAUA